UUGGCCGCCAUGCCGCGGUACUGCGCAGCCACCCGCUGCAAGAACCGCGGCGGCCAGAGCGCCAAGGACAAGCGCAAGCUCAGCUUCUACCCGUGAGUGGCCGCGGAGCGGGGCAGGGCCUGGGUGAGCGCUGGCCGUGGCAGCAGUGGGGAGCUCCACUGCGGAAGUAAAUGGCCGAAAGACUCAGCGGCACGGGUGGACCACGCUGGUGGUCGCCUUGGAACCCCGCCUGCUCCCGGGGGGCUGGAGGGAAAGGUCGCUGACCCCUGGGGGAAGGGAAGGUAUAGGGAAUAAAGAGCGGACAGCUGAGGUGUAAUUGCACACACCGUCCUUCGCACAGGACAGACGGACAGACGGAACUUGGGUUAGGGGGCGAUGACACGGCAGCGUCUAAGGACUCUGGAAUAGGUGCAGAGGGUCCGUGAAGGGAAGAGCAAGGAGCUUCGACUAAAAAAUAAAAUUUGCGCUUCUGACUCUGUUUCGCUGCUGCCUCUGUGGAAGCGAUGUUCCAGCAGGGGAGGCUUUGGUUUAAUGGUGAAAUGCCUCGUGUAUUACGGUUUACAUGCCAGGAGAAGGGCCAGGAAGAGUUAAGCUAGUAAAGAUAAAAUGAUUCCUUAAAAUUAAACUUUGCCACUAGAAUUAUUACCUUACCUGUGCUGUGAACAGAGGCAUUGCUUGUUGUUAGGAAGCAGCUGAGUUAGCUGGAUCUUAGCUACUUCAGUUGCCAAAACCAGUUUAUGGUGGCUGCAUUGUGCUGUGCAGACUCUGCAUGAACCAGUCACCAUCCCAGGCCUGCAGUAACCUCUGCCCUGUUGUGGUUAUGUGGCUGUUGCUUCCCAGGAUGGUGAGUUAUAAAAAGUAUUUCACAAUCCUGAGAGAAACAUAGUGCAGGUAACUAAAUAUGAAUGUAUUUGUGUAGAAUAAAAGUAUGGAACCGUUUGUCAGCAGAAGCAACUUAAGAAAAAUUUGAAAAAUAAAUUUCACAAUUAGCCUCAAAAUCUGUUUUGGUAAAAUUUCUACCUCAAACUAGGUUUCCUUUCAGUUUCUGAUUAGUCACAGUUAUUCCAGUAUCAGGAAGGUGGUGUAGGAAGACCUACAGAAAGACUGCUUUGAAAGAAAUUUUAUUUCAGAUUGAAGGAAAGCUUAUUUCCCUGGCACAUUUCUAACAUGGAAUGCAUCAUAAAACAAUAAGGAAAAUAAUUUCUUUUCCCUUAUGCUUUAGAGAGCAUGCAUGUCACAUGGAUAAUCAAAACAAAUUUGAGCACUGAGACAUGUAUACAUACAUAUUCAAAUGUAUGGCAUCAGUAUGGAGAUGAUUGCCAAAACUUAGCUGGUGUAUCUAGCCUUUGAGUUGUGCUCCAUUCUGAGUUUCAUGCUCCUGUAGAAGGGGUUUGAGAUUUGAUUUAUAGAUUCUCUUGCCUUAUAUUAGUGACUACGCUGACAUGAAUUGCAAGUUUUAUUCCCUUGCCUCUUACCACCACCGAAGUCCUCUGCUGCUCUGUGGUUGGGGUCUGAGCCCCUUCCAAACCCUUUGUCACCUAAUCUCAACUGGCCUAACUGCUCUUCUUUGUUUUAUUUCUUCACGUCUUUGACUUGGAUUCCCACUUCAUGACAAAGAGAGACUUGAGAAGUGGUUGCGGAACAUGAAGCGGGAUUCCUGGACUCCAAGUAAGCACCAGCUGCUCUGCAGUGAUCAUUUCACCCCCGAUUCCCUGGACGUGCGGUGGGGGAUACGCUACUUGAAAAACACCGCUGUGCCAACCAUUUUCUCUUCCCCAGAUGAUGAGGAAAAAGAUUCUUCUCAGAACAGUUCACAGCAGGUACAGAAAAAAGACCAGGAAGAAACAAAUGUUGUGUCAGAGAAAGUAUCUGUACCACUUGAACCUUGUACACCAAAGAAAAAUUCUGUAAUUGCACAAAAUGUAGAGGAAAAAGCAGAAGUGGUUUGCUCAACUGCACUGAGUGAACCUUUACAAAUUCAGAACCUGCAGCUUCCACAUGAAGGUGGCUUUCAGGCAGACCAUGUCAUCCUUGACAGUUCAUCUAGGCAGUACAUUCAUCAGCCUAAUCCUAUUGUAAUGACAGCAGCAGCCCAGAGCAUGGAGGCUACUGGUGCUCAUACUUCUGUAGAGCAUUCAGGAGGUUGUACAGCUACAGUCCUGCAAUUUACAGACCCUUACUGCUUGAAUUCAUCUCUGAAACUGAACAGUGCUUUAGGGUCUGUUACUGACUAUGCAGUUGAGAAUUCUGUCCCUCACGUGGUCUGUUCUGAAGAGCAGACAAGUGAAGAUGCAGUUUUACUGAGUACAGUCACACAAGCUAUUGAACAGUUCAGUGGAACUGAAGAGUCUGUCAUUGCUAUUAUUAUGCCAGCUGAGAGUCCUGAAGAGCCUGAAGGAGUAAAUACUUCUUGUCUGCCUGUUAAGGAAGAGUUUCUUGACAUAGAGGAGACAGAAGUGAUUGAAUAUGAUGGAAAUGAAGUACUACAGACUGAGCAUUCAUACUGCAGACAAGACAUAGACAGAGAUCACCUUUGGCAAAAAAUUUCAAAACUGCACUCUAAGGUAACUUUACUUGAAAUGCAAGAGAUAAAAACUUUGGGGAGACUCAGGUCCUUGGAAGCUCUUAUUAGACAAUUGAAGCAAGAAAACCUGCUUUCUGAAGAAAAGCUGAAGUUGGUAGAAAACUACUUUACAACACUUGAAGUGACUAUGAUACAGUAAAGGCUUUCAGUUGAUGGUUCCCAAAUAUCUUUUUAACCUCUUUGACUGUACUUUUGGACAAAUUAACUUUUUUCCAGUUGUGGUAUUUUAAACAUCUAAUGAAAAUCAUGUGAAUAGCAUUCUUAAAAAUGUUACAUCAAACUAAGCUAAGUGGUAGAAUGUUGUCUGUAAAACAUGACUGGCAAGUAAAAUUAAAAAAAAAAAACAAAUUGGGUGAAGUUUUCUUAAAUGUGUGAAUCAAGUCAGUAAAAGAUAAUUUAACCCUUUCUUAGCUGCAGGCUUCUCUGAAACAUGCAAUGCCUGCAUUGGGGACAGCAGUAGAAUGGACAGAAUAAGCAUACAGGAUGAACAAUUAUAUAUGUACAUUGUCAUAUGCAUUGUCCAGUGAGGUCAAAAUUGCUCUUUAGUUUUCUGUUCCUAUAACAAUUCUUCAGAUAGUUUUUUGUAUGCUUUGAUCUUAUUAAAAUUGUUUCUGCAUAAA